GUUGCAUUGUGGAAAGGUGAAAAGAUCCAAGUUUACUACUGACAGUUCUGUGUUAGAUCAUCCAUUAAAAGAAACAUAUAUUGUAAGGAGCCAUGGCAUACUACCCUACAAGGCUGAAGACCAGACAAACUUACUCGUGGGUUGGCAGGCCAUUGUUGGAUCAAAAACUACACUACCACAUCUACAAAGAAAUGAGUGUCAAAAUAGAAGGUAGUUUGACUGAGAUUCACAUCCAAGUUGGACAAUUCGUGUUGAUUGAAGGGGAUGAUGAUGAAAAUCCGUAUGUUGCUAAAUUGGUUGAGUUGUUUGAAGAUGAUUCUGAACCUCAUUCCAAGAAACGUGCUCGAGUCCAGUGGUUUAUCAGAUUCUGUGAAGUGCCUGUCAGUAAACGGCAUUUGCUGGGCCGGAAGCCUGCAGCACAGGAGAUAUUCUGGUAUGAUUACCCUGCCUGUAAUAGCAACAUUAAUGCUGAGACCAUCAUUGGCCAUGUGCAGGUAGUAGCAUUAGGCCCAGAUGAAGUGUUACCUAUGGAUCUGAAAGAUGAGAAGAUACUCUUUGUGAAACUGUCUUGGAAUGAGAAGGCAUUCAGACCACUAUCCCCAGAACUAUUUGCAGAGUUUGAUAAGCUACAAGAAGGCAGCCCGAGGAGCCAGAAGCCUGUGGGAGUCAAGACCAAGAGCAUAGAAAGCCCUUCUAGGACCACAGCAGAACAUGCGAUCAAAAGGAUUGAAUCAAGGCAUUCUACCUCCAAAUCUCGCCGAACUCCUUCUCAUCCUGUCACCCCAAGGGCAAAGAAGAAACUGGAGCUCAAUGGUAAGACACCCAACACUAGGAUUUCCCAGCAGAAUUCAGGGGCCUCGUUGGAUUCUCCUGGAAGAAGUAAACGAAAAGUGACCCUCUCUGAAAUCACCUCACCUACUAAGAGGUCUCAGCCUGAUAGACUUCAUACCUCGUCUCCAGCUCUGAAAGCCCCGCAGAAAACUGGAGAGAUUCAAAGCUCAUGUGCCAAGGAUGACAAGAAGGCUUCACCUGACUGUCACAGGAUCCUGAGAACCCGAGUCCCAGCUUUGAAAACCACAGAGAUUUGUGAGGAAAGAACACUUACCCCUAUCAGGGGAGGCUGGAAAUCCUCGGUGCCUUCUGUGGUUCUGAAACCAGAAAACAUCAAAAAGAGGGAGGCAGAAGAACCAGAGGCUCAGGAUGGAGCUACCACUACCCCACAUCGGAUCCACAGAAAGAGUUCUCUCUUGACUUUGAAUCGGAUUAGGCAGCAGCUUCGGUUUUUAGGUAAUAGUAAAAGUAACCAAGAAGAGGAUGAGUUUCUGCCGGCAGCAGAGAUUUCAGACUCUAGCAGUGAAGAGGAAGAGACUUCCACACCACCCCUUCCAAGGAGAACAUCCAGUAGGUUGUCCAGGAACCUAUGCUCUUCCAUGAAGUCAUCCUUACAGACCCCCUCAAAGACACCAAAGAAAACUCCCAAGCCUAGUACGCCACGUCAUGCCACUCCCCAGAUCCGUAGCCGAAACCUGGCUGCCCAGGAGCCAGCCAGCGUACUGGAGGAGGCCCGGCUGAGGCUGCAUGUUUCUGCUGUACCUGAGACUCUUCCCUGUCGGGAACAGGAAUUCCAAAACAUCUACAACUUUGUGGAGAGCAGACUCCUUGACCAUACGGGAGGGUGCAUGUACAUCUCCGGGGUCCCUGGGACAGGGAAGACUGCCACUGUGCACGAGGUGAUACGCUGCCUGCAGCAGGCAGCCCAAGCAAAUGACGUUCCUUCCUUUCAUUACAUCGAGGUCAAUGGCAUGAAGCUGACAGAACCCCACCAAGUCUAUGUGCAAAUCUUGCAGAAGCUGACAGGCCAAAAGGCAACAGCUAACCAUGCGGCAGAACUGCUGGCAAAGCGAUUCCUCACCCAAAGGUCCUCUCAGGAAACCACCGUGCUGCUCGUGGAUGAGCUCGACCUUCUAUGGACUCAGAAACAAGACAUAAUGUACAAUCUCUUUGACUGGCCCACUCACAAGGAGGCCCAGCUUGUGGUCCUGACCAUUGCCAACACAAUGGAUCUGCCAGAGCGCAUCAUGAUGAACCGGGUAUCAAGCCGACUGGGUCUUACCAGGAUGUCCUUCCAGCCCUAUACUCACAGCCAACUGCAGCAGAUCCUAAUAUCCCGACUCAAACAUGUAAAGGCCUUUGAGGAUGAUGCCAUCCAACUGGUAGCUAGGAAGGUAGCAGCCCUUUCUGGAGAUGCACGACGCUGCCUGGACAUUUGUAGGCGUGCCACAGAGAUCUGUGAGUUCUCCUGCCAGAAGCCCGACUCCCCUGGCCUGGUCACUGUAGCCCACUUGCUGCAAGCAGUAGAUGAGAUGUUUUCGUCAUCAUAUAUCACUGCCAUCAAAAACUCCUCUGUUCUGGAACAGAGUUUCCUGAGAGCCAUACUUGCUGAGUUCCGCCGAUCAGGACUAGAAGAAGCAACAUUUCAACAGGUAUACAGUCAACACGUGGCACUGUGCAGAAUGGAGGGACUUCCGUACCCUACCAUGUCAGAGACAAUGGCAGUGUGCUCUCAUCUAGGCUCUUGUCGCCUUCUCCUUGUGGAGUCCAGCAGGAAUGACCUGCUCCUUCGUGUGCGGCUCAAUGUCAGCCAGGAUGAUGUGCUGUACGCGCUGAAGGAGUGA